AACAAGGGUUUUGUGAAAGAUGUGCACGAAGACUCGGUCACGAUAUCCUUCGAGAACAACUGGCAGCCGGAGCGGCAGAUCCCCUUCGGCGACGUACGGCUCCCCCCGCCCGCCGACUACAAUAAAGAGAUUACCGAAGGGGACGAAGUGGAGGUUUAUUCCCGAGCCAAUGAGCACGAGCCGUGCGGCUGGUGGCUGGCGAGGGUCCGGAUGAUGAAAGGAGAUUUUUACGUCAUUGAAUACGCAGCUUGUGACGCCACCUACAACGAAAUCGUCACGCUGGAGCGGCUCCGGCCCGUCAACCCCAACAAAGUGGCCACCAAAUCUAGCUUCUUCAAAUACACCAUCGCGGUGCCGGAGGACCUCAAGGAAGCGUGCUCCAACGAAAACGUGCAUAAAGAAUUCAAGAAGGCGGUGGGGGCAAACUGCAUCUUCCUGAGCGUUGCCAGCAGCGAGCUCUUCAUCCUGUCGACAAAUGAAUCCACGGUAAAGCGGGCGUCACUUCUGGGCGACAUGCACCUGCGCAGCAUCCGCACCAAGCUCAUGCUGAUGUCGCGGAACGAGGAGGCCAACAAACACUUGGAGACGAGUAAGCAGCUGGCCUCGGCGUUCCAGGAGGAGUUCACCGUCCGCGAAGACCUCAUGGGGCUGGCCAUCGGCACCCACGGCGCCAACAUCCAGCAGGCCCGGAAGGUGCCAGGCGUCACCGCCAUCGAGCUGGACGAGGAGACCUGCACCUUCCGCAUCUACGGGGAGACUCCCGAGGCGUGCAAGCAGGCCCGGAGCUACCUGGAGUUCUCCGAAGACUCAGUUCAAGUCCCGAGAAACCUGGUCGGCAAAGUGAUCGGGAAGAACGGCAAAGUGAUCCAGGAGAUCGUGGACAAGUCAGGAGUGGUGCGGGUGCGGGUGGAAGGGGACAACGACAAGAAAAACCCCCGAGAGGAGGGAAUGGUCCCAUUCAUCUUCGUCGGCACGCGGGAGAACAUCAGCAACGCGCAGGCGCUCCUGGAAUAUCACCUCGCGUACCUCCAGGAGGUGGAGCAGCUGCGCCUGGAGCGGCUGCAGAUCGACGAGCAGCUGCGGCAGAUCGGCAUGGGCUUCCGCCCCCUCUCCAGCCGGGUCGACAAGGAGCGGGGCGGCUACGCCACAGACGACAGCACCUCCUCCUCCCUCCACGGCACGCGGACGUACGGGGGCAGCUACGGAGGGCGAGGCCGUGGGCGCCGGGGACCCAACUCGGGCUACGGUACCAACUCAGACCUGUCCAACGCCUCGGAGACCGAGUCAGAGAAGAGGGAUGAUGGCGAGCGAGACCCGCGCCCCGAGGACAGCCGAAGGCGCCCAGCGGUGGGGCGAGGGCGGGGUCCUGCCCCGGCGCCCCGAGGGGGCGGAAGCAGCAAGUACAACAGCUCCUCCAUCAGUUCAGUGCUCAAGGACCCAGACAGCAACCCCUACAGCCUGCUGGACAACACGGAGACCGACCAGACGGCCGACACCGACGGCAGCGAGUCGCAGCCCGUGAGCAACCGGCGCCGCCGCUCCCGCCGCCGCCGCACCGACGACGAUGCCACCAUGAUGGACGGUGCUGCCGAGUCUGACAACAUGUCCGUCAACGAGAACGGCGUGGAGGACGAAUCGAAGCCUCAGAGACGCAACCGGAGCCGUCGUCGCCGUAACCGCGGUAACCGCAUGGACGGCUCCAUCAGCCGGGACCGGCAGCCAGUGACCGUGGCCGAUUACAUCUCCCGGGCCGAGUCCCAGAGCCGCCAGCGGGCCCCGCGGAAGGAGCCCCGGGAAAAAUCCACUGAAGACGACACACCGCGACAGAAGGCGGAGCCGUCCGGCAAGCUGGCCAGCCGCCCGUCGGAGAACGGCGAGGAGCCGGCCGCCGUGGUGAACGGGCUGACGUAAGCGCCGCGCCCGCCGCAUCCCGCCUCGCCGACCCUCGCCCGCCCUGCUUGCGUCCUCGUUCAGCGCGCCCGCUGACCUCUCGUUAACGAACCGUUCCCUCAACGAGCUUGGCGGCAGCUUGCCAAAGACAGCCAAGCGCUCGCGGCUUGGUAGGCGCCGACCAAUCAAGAGACAGGCAACCGGAUUUGUGCCGGGGCAGGGGGCGCAGCUCCCCCCCAGGCAGUAAAAAAAAAAAAAAAAUUCUCUCUAAUUGUGUCUGUUUUUGAUGACUCCGUUCCAGCCAGGACAGGAAAACCGGAGCGAGGAUUUUUUUGUGCCUUCUGAACGCGCCUCGCUCUCCUUCCUUUUUUUUUUUCCGGUCCUUUUCCCUUCUGCCCAGUUCGGUCGCGCAACAAUUUCAGCAAAGGGGGGGGGGGGGCCAACGACGCACCGUUUAUCUCCCCCCCCCCUUAAAAAUCGGAAGGUACCACAGGCGGGAAACGCGGGGUGGAUUUUUGGUUCCACGCAAUACAACCACAGCAGGUGUUUUUUUUCGUACACUGUGGCAGACCAAGGGGGGGGGGCAAAGAGGGUAAAGCCGCGCGUGCCCCCCCCUGUGUCGCUUUGCCAGGAGGGGAGGGGUACCGGGGGGGAGAAUUGAGCUGUGACGGUUGAGAGGUUAUUUAUUUUUCACUGUACAGUAUUUAAAAGAGAAUAAAGAACCAAACUCGUA